CUCCCUGCAAGUGAAGUCGCACAGCCCUGAACACGGGCCAGGCAGCCUUGGCCUGGGAAUUUUGGAGCGAUCACUGAUGGGAAAAGUGUUUGCGAUCCUGGGGAAAACCAGCCAAUCAAUUCUGGCUGAGUCUCAGGAGUUCCCAGAAGAGCCUGUUGAGAAGAAGGAAGAGAACAGCAUCAUGAAGAAGAAGGGACGGCAGCUCAGAGUGCAACUCGGUGCCUGGAACUACCCUCAUGGCCUAGUUGGUUUAUACAACAUUGGACAGACUUGCUGUCUUAACUCCCUGAUUCAUGUAUUCAUAAUGAAUGUGGACUUCACCAAGAUACUGAAGAGGAUAACGGUGCCCAGGAGGGUCGAAGAGCAGAGGAGAAAUGUCCCUUUCCAGCUGCUUUUGCUGCUGGAGAAGAUGCAAGACAGCCGACAGAAAGCAGUGCGGCCCUUGGAGCUCGCCUACUGUCUCCAGAAGUACAACGUGCCUUUGUUUGUCCAGCACGACGCUGCUCAACUCUACCUGACAAUCUGGAACCUAAUUCAGAACCAAAUCACCGAUGUGGACUUGGUGGAGAGGCUGCAGGUUCUGUAUACAAUCCAGAUGAAAGAGUCCCUGAUCUGCCUCGAUUGUUCCCUGGAGAGAAGCAAAAACAGUACCAUGCUCACCCUCCCCCUGUCUCUUUUCGAUGUGGACUCCAAGCCCCUGAAAACACUGGAGGAGGCCCUGUGCUGUUUUUUCCAACCCAAGGAGUUAUCAAGCAAAAGCAGGUGCUUCUGUGAGAACUGUGGGAAGAAGACCCAAGGGAAACAGGUCAUGAAGCUGACCCACUUGCCCCAGACCUUGACAAUCCACCUUAUGCGAUUCUCCAUCAGGAAUUCACAGACCAAAAAGAUCUGUCACUCCCUGUAUUUCCCUCAGAACUUGAAUUUCAAUCAGGGCCUUCCAGCUGAGCAAGCCCUCUGUGAUGCCGAGGAACAGUCUGGAGGCCAGUAUGAACUUUUUGCUGUGAUUGCCCACGUGGGAAUGGCUGACUCCGGUCAUUACUGUGUCUAUAUCCGAAAUUCUGUGGAUGGAAGAUGGUUCUGCUUCAAUGACUCCAAUGUUUGCUUGGUGUCUUGGGAAGACAUCCAGUGCACCUAUGGCAAUCAGGACUACCACUGGCAGGAAACUGCAUACCUUCUGGUUUACAUGAAGAUUAAGUCCUAGCGGAUGCACCCUACACCUCCAGUGACUGACAAACGAGCAUUUUUUUUUCUAUUCCUGGAUCACCUGAGUCUUCUAAGAGAUUUUUCAGUGAGAAGUAUGAUUUUCAAACUAUAUAAUCAAAACUUAUUUAUCAUCAGAGAUAUUAUCAAAAUAUUUAACAAUGACUCCACACAGGUCCCGAUCAGCCAGAAUGGAUACUUUCACCAGGGACCUGGGUCACGUGACUGGAUCAGGGUCCUGGGCGCUCCCUGCUGUGCAAGACAUUAACCCCUUAAUUAGGAGAUUGUGGGGAGUCCAGGUGCUCCUAGGCAGGAGAGCAAUGGUAAUGAGAGGCAUUUGGGUGGCAAGGGUGAGUGGUGGGCAAGUAUUUUAAUAUUUUGCAAUAUUGUUAUUCAUUCAUUCAUUCAUCAAAUAUUUAUUGAUCACCUAUUCCCCAUAUGAUGGUGUACAAGGCACCAUAAUGAAUAAAGUUUUUUCUUCCAAA